UUUCUUCCUUUGUUUAGUAAUAUCUUAAAGAAUUGAAAGUCCUAUUUAUUAUAAAUUAUUUAUUUCUUAUGAUUUCCUUGUUGCCAUUUAUUUUUGUCUGCAAAUUUUUGUUUCUUGUUGUUUAUUUGGCAGCAUAAACUUGUAUGCAUGCCUUAAAUAUAUAUAUAUAUAUAAUCUAAAUUAUAUAAAAGUAUGGAAGGGAUUGUGAAUCUAACGCAGCAAAUUCUCUAAUUUGCCCUGCUUUUUCUAUCAUAAUUCUAGGUUAACCAACUGAGGUUGAAGCCUAUAUUUCUAUCCUGCAAAGUGGUGGACUAAUAAAGCUUACAGCCUGUAUCUGUGUCUUGCAAAGCAGUGGACUCUAGCUUCAAUUUGGAAUCAUAUAUAUGUUUGCAAUUUGGAAUUCAUGGUGUCCAAGAGAUCAACUCCCAAACCUUGUUUUCAAUUUGGAAUUCACAGUGCACAAUCUGCUUCCCAGCUUCCCAUCUAUGAAGCACAGGUACUCCAAAAAUAGUGUCGUACAAGUACCGGCUACUUACUGGGUGCUAGUAUGCGUACCGAGUACGCCGAAUACAUGUCGGGUACGCCAUGAGUACGGAAUGGGUACGCCGUGGGUACGGCAAGGGUACAACAUCGGACAAAUUCUGCAUGUUAGAUGUUUGAAGAUAUUCCUCAGAGACACUUGGAAACAGAUGUAUUAUGAUACACAUAUAUGUAGAGCUUUGAUAUUCAACAUGGAACGCACAAGAACAUAUGGACAUUAGAUCGUGGUAGUUGGCUUGAUGGACAAGUAGUAAACCGUUGCACAAAUGAAUUUAUAAUGUACAAGAUAAUUGCAUUUAUUGAUUAGUUGUUGUUUCUUAGAAAAUCACUUUAGUUGCUUUGCAAUUUACAUUAAAGUAAAAGGAUUGUAUCACAGAUGCGAAAUAUCCAGCGUGGUAUCUACCUAUAUAUUUUUUGGUAAUUACUUAUGCAUUUAUAAUUGAAAGCAUUUGACUAUGUAGCAUGUCCUGUUUAUCUAUACUAAGCUUGUGUUAUUGAUAUUUAUACUAAUUUUUAUGAGUUGUAGCAACAUAUUUUGCACCAUAAGGUUCAUAAGCCAAACAUGCUCAAGUCCUAUUUUGGAACAGAACAGUACACGGGAAAAAUUGAAUCAUGUGAAAGGAUAUUGAUUUGUUAUUAUCUUAUUUUAUUUUCGUGUAAUAUGUUAAUGGAUAUGAUACCAAUGAUUAUUGAUUUAAUAUAGGUGUACAUUCCAAUUAAUGAUGCGGGUGAACAUUGGUAUAUGUGUGGUAUACAUGCAACAACAAAUGGUAUAUAUCCUUGAUCCAUAUAUAUCCAAAAAAAAAGAAAAAGAACUCGGCUAACUCAAGUGAAAAAAGUGGUAUACAUCCUUAUACAAUAUUGUUAUUUGAAUUUUGCAUUGCAUGUUUUCGUACUAAUUAGUUAUGUAAAUGACAUGUUGAAGUAUUACAUGUCUUAUUGGGACUUCCGUACAAGAAUGCAUAUACAAAUAAAGUCACCGAGUUUCCAAUUAGAACACUUAAAUGGCUUCCACAACAAAGUAAUGGCUAUGAUUGUGGAAUGCACAUCAUUAAGUAUUUUGAAUUGGUGCAAUUUAUUGAUUCCGAAGGUUGUUUGCUACAAUUUUACUCGUGGGAUGCAAGACAAAGAUUGGCACUGGGCUUAGUUCGAGAUGCAAACAAUAAAAUUGGGUCAAGAGUGAUAGAAUUGGCUUGCGAUAGAUAAUUGUCAUGUAUCAUUGAUGUUGUUGCAUGUUCAUACUUGAAUUAUGUGAAUUUCAACUGAAUUUGUUUUGGGAGGAUGUAGAGCAAAUGGAU